AAUUUCUGCCGUCACCAACCACUUCCCAGCCUCUCCAAUCUCUACUUCACCACCCCGAUCCACGAGCAAUUGUUGCGCUCGCUUUCGGGAUCACCCUACGCCAAGUCUACAUAUUUUCUACCCCUCUCCUUCAACUUUGGGCGCUCUAUUUCAACUGCGAAUCCUCGCGCCAGCCUCCAACAUUAAACAAACCUCACUUUACCCAGACAAUGCCUCCACAAAUCAGCGACGACGAAGCCUCCGACGUGAGCGAGGUUGAGGUCCCAGCCCCCGCGACAAUCAAGCAGGAGAAGCAGGCGAAGGAGGUGAAGGAGAAGCCGACGGAGAAGGCGAAGCCGAAGGUUGUGGAGAAAGAGGAGGAGAGCCUGAUGGUGGAAUCCGACAAAGAUGAAGAUGAAGACGAUGAUGAUGAUGAGGUUGGCCCGGAUGAAUACGUCGUUGAAUCUAUUAGAAGCCAUCUCGUUGACGAGGAUACCGGCGAGUUGAGAUUUGAGGUUAAAUGGGAGGGCUAUGACAAAGCAUCAGACCGCACAUGGGAGCCGGAAGAGAACUUGUUAGAAACCGCGUCAAAAGUCCUAAACGAAUACCUCAUAAAGGUCGGUGGCAAAGAGGCGAUUUUUGCAGCAUGGCAAGAGAAGAAGGAAACCGCAAAGAAAGGCAAGAAGCGUAGCCGAGCCAGCACGGGAGCCGAAGCACCGAACGGCACAAAGAGAGGCAAGAAGAACGGCCACCCAAAAGACGGGUCGCCUCCACUCAGCGCAUCGAAGGCUGAGUGGAAGCCACCGACUGGGAGCUGGGAAGAGCACGUUACGGGCAUUGAUGCUUGCGAGGGGAAUGACAAUAAUGUUGUGGUAUAUUUGACGUGGAGGGGUGGACACAAGACUCAGCAUCCACUUGCCCAAGUCUACAAGCGGUGCCCGCAGAAGAUGCUGAAGUUUUAUGAAUCCCACCUGGUCUUCAAAAAGAACGACGACAUGGGCGACGCCGAGUAAGAGACACGACGCCCCCAUCAACACUACGACGACGAUGAAAACUCCUCCGGCAUUCAAUUCUCAUCACAUGCUUCACCAGAACGUCCCAUGAUACAAUUCCAGAUGCUUCAAAGCACAUUUCUCGCUUCUUUCCUUUUCCUCUGAUCAACCGUCUCUCUUGUAAGCUUGGCGAAAUGGCUCCAUGGCGCUGAAGGGGGGGCUCUGGAUACGCUGUGUUGCUCGAUCGAGCUCACUGCAUCUGUAAUUUACCACGCAAGCAAAUCAAAUCAAAGACAAGAGAAUAAUCUGUCAAAGCUCGCAAGCCCCGAUCGUGCAUG